AACUUAUCGUGUUGUCAUGUUCAUUGUGUCUGAAUGUUUGUGAUUGGGCGCAAGCGACUGUGUGCUCUGAACUGUUUUAAAGUCUCUCACAUUAUUGCAAGCGCAAGGCCAUUAUAUAGAUUCCUUCAACAUCUUUUGUUUUUUUAAGACCUUUUCUAACUCUACGCUUUGACCCUUUAUUCAAGGAAAAUGAAGGUCUGGAAAAUGCUGUUGACGUUUUUUGUUCGCCGCCUUUUGAACUAAAAGCUCGGAGAUCAAAGAUGAUGCUGGUUCUCUCUCCUCUGCGACUUUCGGGAAAGAAGAUCGAAUACCCAUUUUCCGUUGCAAGGCAUCAUUUGGGUGAGAGGGAGAAUUGUGUUUUUGAAAAUGGAUUCGCGUAGCUGAAUGUAUCUGGUAGGAUUGAUUUGAUAUUUAAAAUAAGAUAUAUUCAUGGAUGUGUAAUGGAGCUAGGGGAACAUACUGCGUAUUUGGAUGCUGUUGUUUUAAAGGGGUGUAUUGGUAAAGGAAGCAAGCUUGUGAUGAAUUUGGCUGCUUAGUGGUGAUUUUUUAAUUGAUUGAGGAGUAAAACAGAUCAGAAAUUGAUGGCAUCCAUUAGAAGAACACUGUCUCCCGUGCCUCAACAUGGGACUUUAAUCGCCGGAGAGGCUGAACGUUCAGCUCCUUCUCCUUUGUCCAAGUCUUCAUCAUGUAGUCAGAAUUCCCCAGCCACUGUUGGAUUGCCAGUGUCUCAUUUCAGUUUAUCGGAUUCUCGAUCCUUAUUUUCCGGUCUUUUCUCACCAAGAUCCUAUAGGCACCUUGACAGAUCAAAACAGAAAGGACAAGUUUGGAGGAGGGUUGUUUUUCACUUCUUCAUUUGUUUCAUAGUUGGCUUUUUAAUUGGAUUUACACCAUUCAUUUCCAUGGACUUUUCAUACAUGAAUCCCAUUUCAAAGCACCAGGCAUUCUCUUUCGAGGUAGUAUCGACUGUUGGGAAUUUUCAAACAAACAACAAUUCAGAAAGGAAUGUAACUUCAACACUGAACAGCCCUGGGAUUGAUAAUAACUUCUCAUUAGAGGGAUUGGUGCAAAGACAGGAAAUGACAGAAGGGAAUUUAGAUAACACCCUGACUAAUCGGUUGCUCCCUCAAGAUAUAGAUCUGGAAACUCGUAAGCUUUUGAUAGUUGUGACUCCAACACAUGCUGGAUCACUUCAAGCCUAUUAUCUAAAUCGUUUGGCAUACACAUUAAAGCUGGUCAAACCUCCUAUAUUGUGGGUAGUUGUGGAGAUGACCUCUCAGUCUGAUGAAGUAGCCGACAUCCUAAGAAAGAGCAGUGUAAUGUAUAGGCAUCUUGUUUGCAAGAAAAAUCUGACCGAUAUAAACGACAGAAGAGUUCACCAAAGAAACAUGGCACUAUCUCACAUUGAGACUCAUCGUCUUGAUGGAAUUGUCUACUUCGCCGAUGAAGAUAACAUCUACUCACUUGAUCUCUUUGAACAAAUGAGGCAUAUUAGGCGGUUUGGGACUUGGAUUGUGGCGAAACAAGCAUCAGACAGAAGUAAAGCUACAUUGGAGGGCCCUGUUUGUAAUGGAACUCAAGUCAUUGGAUGGCACCUAAAUGGAUUAAGUAGGAGACUCCGCAGAUUCCAUGCUGAGAUGUCAGGGUUUGCCUUCAACAGUACCAUACUCUGGGAUCCAAAGCGAUGGCACCGACCUACUCUUGAGCUGAUAAGACAGCUUGACACAGCCAAAGAUGGUUUACUCGCAAGCUUGUUUAUUGAACGAGUUGUGGAAGACGAAAGCCAGAUGGAAGGCUUACCGCAGGACUGCUCAAGAAUCAUGGUUUGGGGGCUUAAUGUUGAACCGUCUAAUUCCUUCUAUCCCAAAAAAUGGUCAACAAAGAAUAAUCUGGACAUUAUUGCUCCACUUGCAUGAAACUCAGUACGUGUGUGAAAGGAGUUAAUUUUGGUUGGCAAGGAAAGAUGGCGAAGAGACGCUUAUAACUGUCAUUGAAGGAGAAUUGUAUCUCAACUGAAACCUAAAUCAAGUGGCAAACAAUUUCCAAUCACUGAUGUACUUACCUAAAAGACGAAAAACUGGUAAUUUGCAGACAAGUGUAAACAAACCUUUGUCCGGUAUAUUAUUUUUCCAUUUCUGCAUUGCCUGCUGAGUUUGGUUGAGAGAAUUUCAUAGGACUAGUGAGGAAAGGAUGGCCAAAUGGAAACCAUCCUUGCGUAAUGCUUACUGUAACUUUACUUUGGCUCCCAUUCUGGUUUUAGCUAGUAGCUAUUCUUUAGGGGGCACAAUUGAGAGCAAAAUUUGAUUAUUCGCAUUGCUAUUACCUCCAU